UGCAAACUGUUUCUAUCCUUUUAAUUGGAAAGUAUUCAACCGUGUAAGUCAGCAUUAAAUAUAUUUUCCAGGUGACUGGUGAAAAGGCCAUACUGAGUCAGUUUGAAACAAAAAUCGAUAGUGAAGAUUUGGAGCUGAUAUCGCGGACGGUUCAAGUAAAAUUUCAACUCGAUGAGCGGCAUAUUGGUUUUGUUCCGAAACAGAUUUUUCUGAAAUGUGUGGCAAAUAUCGAAAAUAUUCCAUAUUUGAGGAGACAGACAAGCGAACUCAUCUACAUUUUAUCGGAUGAUUUGCAGAAUUUGCGUUUGGUUAAUUCGCAAAGUUUAUUAUUUCGAUCUUGGAUGAUUAUGACGACUUCUUUGUGUGUCUCCUUGCUUUCAUCAUACAUGUUGAAUUCAACUAAAUAAUGUACAAAAUAAAAGCUUAAUGUUGAGAGUUUUUAAAAAGUAAAAUUAAAAGUGUAUCUGCA